AUGCCCACCUGUCGUCGAAAACGGGUGGUCCUCACCGAGCCCUCUGACGCUAUAAGCAAGGCGUUAAAGACCGACCCUGACAAAGAGGUCUAUUUCCUGCGCCAAACAGGCGAGAUAUUCGACACUUAUGAGCAAUAUUCGGCACGCAUGUCCUUUUAUCGGCAAAAACAGUUUCAAUGCGAAGUCACCGGCAAAAGUGGGCUCGACUACUUCCAAGCCGUCGAGAGUGAGCAGCAAGAAGCACGCAUUCUCCACCAUCGCUUCCCCCAACCUCUGAAAGCAGCCGUUCUCAGGUCUGUCCAGUAUCAAGUUGUUGGUCGUCUGGAUCAUCUUGUGGAGGCUGUCUUUGAGCGGUUUAAAGACCGUUACUUCAAGGAUGAAAAGAUCUUAGUCGAUUUGGGAGGAGUCAAAUAUGGCGCCCGCGUCGAGAAAGUAUUCACGCCCAAAUAUAACGAAGACACCGCUGCUCGGGACAAUUACAAGCCUGCCAUGCCAGGUGGCAAGUCUGGGGAGUUUCCUGAAGGCGAAGACCCUCCCCAUACCAUCUCUGGCGACUUGAAGGAGUCUGCCAAAGACGCUAACGCACGCGACGACCCCAGCUUAUAUUAUUACUGGGUCCAUGUCCUGGACUUCGAAAGGAGUAAAGGAGAGGGCGCAAAAGCAGCCAGGGACUCGGACAAUCUCAAGAUGAUAGACAGCAUUCGUGAGGUGCAAUGCGAUAUGAUGAGUCGGGAUCGCCUCUCAUUCUCGAAAUCCAUACUACGCCGUUUCAUUCGCGACUGUGUUGACCGUGAUGCUGCAGUCGCGUCCCCUUGGAUUGUCAAGACGCCUAUAGCAAAACACUAUGGUGUUUAUAUCCAACCUACCGAAAAUAAACCAAAAGCUUCCGAGUCUAGCAAGAAGUCGAGCGAAACGGAGAAACGAAAGAAGGUUUGGGAAGAGAAAGAAUUGCCUCCAACCAAGCGGCAGAAGAAGAUGAUGGAGGCUCAAGAGGAAAAAGAGCGCCAGGCAACGGAGAAGGCCGAGAAACAACGCCAAUUGAAAGAAGAGGCAGUUCUCCAGCAGUCCCCCGAAAAGAAAAAGAAGAAACCAGUCCGAUAUCCAACAGAGGAUCUCGACGUCCAGUUGAGCGAAAAAGACAAGAAAGCAGGCAUGAAAGUCAUGCGGCCGCUUCCCAGUCGCAUUGCACCCCCCUUCCACAAACCCGCUGGGAGUUACGAGGCAUUUUUAAUGACGUGGAAUUUCUUAGUGGUUUACGGCAACGCAUUACACCUCUCGACCAUAACACUGGACGAAUUUGAACAUGCGAUCCAACAUUCUGUGAAGGGUCUGCCGUGCAGCAUACUCAGCGAAGUGCAUACCUCCCUGAUCCAUGUUCUACGCGGAGUGCCUUUCAUCAAGCACAGUGCCGCCAUUUCCCUCAUCGCUCCCCAGAACCUUCAGCCAAAACUCCUCUUUGGAGUGUCUGUAGACACGCUGACCGCCGAAAUGAAUAAUCAUGGGGGUGACUGGGAGCGUGCCCCGUUGAAGAUUCAAGAGGGGCGGGGGGGAUGGGAGGAUGCAAUGCUUGGUUGUCUCAAGGAUCACGCUACAUUAGAGAACUUCCCUGACCUCCGCGAUAUUUUGACCAAGCUUCUUUUUGCUCCCGACCCUCAGGCAGAAACUGCUGUCUCAUCGUCCAGUUCUUCUCCGGAAUCAACUCCUGACCCUCCUGACUUGACCGUUCCAUCUGAUCCAGCAGACCGGUACUACGCUCUUCCAGUCUCCGAUCGCAUUGCUAUUCUCUCAUUCAUGACCGACCUCGCCAUGUCAAGCAAGACUAUCCAUGCCUACAUCGAAAAAUGUGAAGAAGAGUUAACAGCGCUCCGCAAAGAGAAAAUUGAUGUCAACCGUCUAAGAAAACAACACUCGGAGGAUAUGAAUGCCCUGAAAAUUGAAAUGAAAGGGGAAGAGGCGUCGCCUGCACCAAACGUUGACCAAGAGGCAUCUGUCGUCGAUUCUGAAAUGUCAGACGUGUCGGGUGUGGACGCUGGUCUGAAAAAGGGCAAAAAGGACGCACCCCCACCACCACAGAAUGGAUCCACUGGCGGAAAACGAGAAGCUGCGCGAGCGAAGCAAGCCUCCAUCAAGCAGGCCACUGCUGAAUAUCGCCGACUCGAUGAAGAAGUCAACAAACUAGAACGCAGACUUGAGGCGAUCGAACGAGAGUUCCGCAAACUUCUGUCCAGCAUUCGUGUCAAACCGCUGGGUAGAGACCGUUUCUACAAUCGUAUCUGGUGGUUCGAUGGAAUGGGCGCCGGUUCUCUUGUUGGGAGUGGAGGUGCCACUCAGUACCAGGCCGGGCGAUUAUUCAUCCAGGGCCCUAGUAAUAUCGACAACGUGAUACUGCUCAACAAACUGGGUCAGGACGAGUUGGAUAAGCGAUAUGAAGAAGAGUUGGGAACUGAAGGAACGCUGCUUGAAAAUCAGUGGGCAACAUACUCUGAUAUUGAGGAGGCCAGUUUAAUCCUCGAGGAAUUCCUGGCAUGGCUCAAUCCGAAAGGGCAGCGGGAGGUUGCGCUAAAGGGGGUUUUAACGAAAUGGUGGCCACACAUUACCAGCGGUGCCCGACGUCGGGUCGCAGAUCUCAGCGCCAGCGCGCGCAUUCCUGAGGCACGUCGUAGUACUCGCACUAAAUCGGCUGCUGGUUACGAUCUUUCACGAGAACCAUAUAUGGUGUGGAGCAACCGCAAAGCAACAACAACAGCAAUGGCAUGA